CCAGAUCAGAGGACGAUUAGUAUGGCACAGCCAGUACACUGGAAGCAUAGCACCAAGUUUGUCCUUUGACGGUCACCACCAUUCAUUUCGAAGAUGACUACCAUUCACGUAUUUGCUGUCUUCUUCAUCUUUGCAAGUUUCUCCACUCCUCUGAUCAGCGGUCAGGUGGAGUGUCCUCCCGACGGAAUCGUCUAUCUUCCUGACCCCGACUGCACCAAGUACUGGAUCUGCGCGGAUGGGGACUCUGUCUCGCUCACCUGUCCGAACGGAUUCUACUUCAACCCUCUCAUCGGCGAAUGUGACUUUGCCGACAAUGUCCCAGAGUGUCAAGGAGGGACCCGUCCACCCCUGACCACCCCACCUCCUGACACCACCACCACGAGACGCACCACCACCACCGGACCCCCGGAUGCCACUCUGAGAGCGUGUGGCGAGAGGAUGGUGGGCAAUGCCGGAUGGAUCGAGUACAGCCUGAACGAGAUGUACCCACCACGGCUCAGGUGCGCCUUCGUCCUCCGCACCUUCAACCACUCGGGCUUCAUCUUCACCCUGGAGGAGAACGGCCUUAUCGAGGAUCCCACCCACACGGGAGGCUCCAUCCAAAUCUUUGGCUUUAGCAACGAGGGACUUGCUGACAGUGCAAACCUGGGGCCACCCAACCCUCUUCCGCAAGCAUACGUGGCUGGGGCACUGGCUGUGGUCAUCCUACGCACCCAGUUCAUGGGGGGUCAGGGUUUCCGACUCAAGUUCGAAGCGACGGGGGCAUGGCGGUACGACUUUGUGAACUGGGACGACGUGAUCGAUGGGGUCACACCAGGCUCACUGAGCUACCCCUUCGAUGAGCCAGAGUAUCAUUACAACACGCUCUCCGCCUUCGUCUUCUCCAGCAACCACGAACAGGUCGCCAUUGGGACAAACCUGCUCCUCAACCUGCACGACGUGGACAUCGAGAUGUGCUUGGAUGGGUGCACGUGCGAUUAUUUGGCUGUCUUCUCCUUCACUGGGAGUGGUCUCCAAAGUUUUGAUAAGGUGUGUGGGAACGACACGACUCCGCUGCGAUACACGACGGACAGCCUUUUCAUCGUGAUCUUCAAAAGUGAUCACACCCGAAAUGGGAAGGGCUUCAAACUGGAGUUCGACUUGGUCCCACUCCUGAACUAAGAGAUCGGACUAGCUGUCACAACUCACCGCAUAAAUUUAUCUGAUUCGAUAACAAUUGUCAAAUAUUAAAGGAAACGAUAUCAUUUGAUACGAGAUUAAUGGCAAAAA